AUGAACUCCACGCUUAUGGUAUCAAGCAAUGCUUUCGAAGUACGAGCCUUCCGUGGCGAGAAAUCGACCGCAUCCAACCAGCUUGGCGGCCAGUGGGGCAGGACAUAUUCGUUGGAGAAUGGUUUAAUGAAGGAGCAGGAGAGCCUUCCACCGUCUACGGCCAUGUUUGAGGGGGAUGACUUCUCCUUGAGGUGCAUAGAUGGGACUAUGGCCGACUUUGACGCUGGCAGGCUUGAUACGUGCAUGGACGGGCGAGGCAACGGCAUGAACGGCAUGCCAGUAUCCGAUUCCUUUUACACUCAAACAGCCGGCUCGUCUCUCAGCAAUCCGUCGCCAGGCAGCAUCGACGGCAGCCUGCAAGGAGAGAUGGCCGUCGACACCGGCCCAUCCUCCGAAUCUCCCUCGCCGAAGACCAAAUCGACCACAGUCAAGAAGCGUGGCCGCCCCCGGAAGACCCAGCCGGCGGCUAACGCCGCGACAAUAUCGAGGGUGGACACCAAGACCAACACGAAAUCCAGGCGCCGCACCAGCACCAGAAGCGAACCCGACGCUUCGGGCUCCGAAGGCCUGAAAGCAUUACGCGUCCGCGAAAAGAACCGUAUCGCCGCCGACAAAUGCCGCUCGCGGAGGCGGCAGGAGGAAGACAAGCUCAAGUCCAAACACGAGGAUCUCGAGCAGGAGCAUCGCAGGCUAUCGGGGGCGCUGUCGGAGCUAAUGGCGGAGACGUAUGUCCUCAAGAACAUGUUGAUGGAGCAUGGCAGCUGCGACUGCCGGCUGAUACAGGACUAUUUGAAGGAGUCGGCGUCAGAAUGGGUGGCCAAAAAGCUAAAAUCGUCAACCUCGCCAGUCGACGCGAGCCCAUCUUGA